UCCGGCUUCAGAGUGCAAAGAUACCCAUGAACUAUACGAAUCUACUAGAGAACAAGUUUGAUCACAAUAGGUUCCUUGGAAUCUUCGAGAUCCAGCCCAGGCUCUUUACUCCAUCAAAACCAGGGCCUUGUUCCUCGGCUUUACUCUCUCUCCUGACCAAUAGUCCAUAUGACGUAGCCGUGAAGACAUAAUUCACCGAACUGCCCUGAAGCGAAAGAGGUCCUGUUUCGGUCGGUGGCUUCAUUCACCGCUUGCCCCUCCAACCACCAACCACCACAUCGAUCUCCCCCUUUCGAACUGCCUCUCUCUAUUGACAUUCUAACUCUUCUCCUUCGAACGUGUCUUUUUUAACCCGAGACUCUUUAUCUGUUGCCAAUCUCGUGGCGUGUCACCUCUUUCGUCAUCCAUGGCUUGCUUGCGCCCAUAGUUCCGCUCUCGUGUCGAUCUACCCCCCCCCUCGACGCCCGUCUUCCUCCGAGUUUAAUUGCCCGGUGUGACGCAUCGUCCUCGUCCCCAAUUAAUCAAACCCCACACACAUCAUCAUGUCUGAUCAAGGGAGCCCCGCGAAGGUCCCUGACGAACAACCAGACCCAGUCCUCGUUGGACCGGGCCUAACAGCCCUGAGGGAUGAAGCGUACAAAGACGCGACUAAUGCCACGCCGAGCUUGGCCGCCGAUAAGAACCACCCGACAGAUAGUGAUGCGCCUUCGUACUUUGCCAACAUCUCGGGUGUGAAUACCGGAGAAUUGGGCUCCUCGGAUGGAGAUGGGGGUUCGCCCUCAGGUAGAAGGAGGAUGUCUUCAGGAAAAGAUCUCCUGCGCCGGCUGAGUCUUACUGGGGAAGUAUCGCCCAUGUCGCCCGAGGUCGACCCUCGCUCACAACAUCCGGGGCUGAAGUUGAGUGGUCGACUGAUAAGCGUGGCCUUUUGUAUCCCUUUUAAGCUCUAUCAUCAAGCUGGCUCAGACUGGGAGCUCAAGCCACGAUCUGGAACUUCGGCCCUUUUCGAUUCCUUCGCUCAUCUAGCUUCGAACGAGACCCAAUGGUCCCAUACUCUUGUUGGAUGGACGGGAGAGGUCGAGCCUACGUCCGAUACGAAGCUUCCUCUCCAGCAAAUCCCAGUGAAUGCGGCGACUCAACUACCGGCCAGUGCUAGCGCUGCUGGCACACACCCACUCAACAAGGCUGCCGCGCCGGUCCCGGUAAAUGCGAGCCAAAAAGCACCCCCGCAUCCUCUGAUUGAUGGAAUCAGUGUUGAGAAAGCGGACCGGGAAAGACUGGACAAACAGAUGUCCACAGGACGUUAUGGCCGGAUCUUGCCAGUCUGGCUAUCGGAUGAGUCAGAGGAACCGGAAGAUACCAUCACGCUCAAAGAUCAAGGAAGGUGGCGCCGGUAUGCAGAGAGAGAACUUUAUCCUCUGUUGCACUACAAGCAGCAUGGUCCCACCGACGGUCGUUCUGAGCAGCGGUGGUGGGCUGAUUAUACCCGCCUGAAUCAACUCUUUGCCGACCGCAUUGCGGCGGACUACCAGGAAGGAGACGUUGUCUGGAUUCACGAUUAUCAUCUUUUCUUGCUUCCCAGCCUGCUACGACAGCGCAUCCCAAAUAUCUACAUCGGCUUCUUCUUGCACUCGCCGUUCCCCAGCAGCGAAUUUGUUCGAUGUCUCGCCAAGCGCAAGGAAGUCUUGACUGGGGUCCUCGGCGCCAACAUGAUCGGUUUCCAGACCUUUUCUUAUUCGCGCCACUUUUCUUCAUGCUGCACUCGUGUCCUGGGAUUCGAGUCCAAUUCGGCCGGCGUUGACGCUUAUGGAGCGCACGUCGCCGUGGAUGUCUUCCCGAUAGGAAUCGACGCUCGUGCGAUACAACAGGCAGCUUUUGGUUCACCAGAUCUUGAAAAGACCGUGCAAGGCAUUCGCAAAUUGUAUGCUGGAAAGAAGAUCAUUGUCGGCCGUGACCGUCUGGACAGCGUUCGGGGUGUGGCCCAGAAGCUGCAAGCUUUCGAGAUCUUCUUGGAGCGGUACCCCGAGUGGCGAGACAAGGUGGUUCUCAUUCAAGUGACGAGCCCGACCAGUGUGGAGGAGGAGAAGGAAGAUCCCGAGAACAAGAUUGCUGGUCAGAUUGCCAAUCUCGUUUCCACGAUCAAUGGUCGCUUCGGUUCACUCAGCUUCUCUCCGGUUCAGUACUACCCACAGUAUCUGUCCCAGCGAGAAUACUUUGCUCUUCUUCGUGUCGCUGACGUAGGACUGAUCACCACCGUGCGCGACGGCAUGAACACUACGAGUUUGGAAUACAUUAUCUGUCAACAGACAAACCACAGUCCCCUCAUCCUUUCGGAAUUCUCGGGCACUGCGGGCACCCUGCCCAGUGCCAUUCAUAUCAACCCCUGGGACUUGGUGGGUGUCGCCGGCGCUAUCGACAAAGCUCUCAAGAUGCCCGCCGACCAACGCAAGGACCAGCAUCUCAAGCUGUACAAGCACGUCAUCACCAACACCGUCAGCACCUGGUCCCGGCUGUUCCUCCACCGUCUCCUCACCAACCUUUCCUCCUUUGACCAGUCCGUCGCCACGCCCGCCUUGGAUCGGGGGAAACUGUUGAAGCAGUACCGCAAAGCACGCAGACGACUGUUCAUGUUCGACUACGACGGUACACUCACGCCCAUUGUCAAGGACCCGCAGGCGGCCAUCCCGUCCGAUCGUGUCCUGCGCACCUUGAAGAGCCUGUCUGCCGACCCGCGCAAUGCCGUCUGGAUCAUCAGCGGACGAGACCAAGCGUUUUUGGACGAAUGGAUGGGCCACCUCCCCGAACUCGGUCUCAGUGCCGAGCAUGGGUGCUUCAUCCGCAAGCCCCGGUCAGAUGACUGGGAGAACCUGGCCGAGAGCACUAAUAUGGGCUGGCAGAAGGAAGUGAUCGAGGUGUUCCAGCAUUACACUGAACGCACGCAAGGGUCAUUCAUUGAGCGCAAACGUGUGGCACUGACCUGGCACUACCGCCGGGCCGACCCGGAAUAUGGCGCCUUCCAGGCACGUGAAUGCCGCAAGGCCCUGGAGAAUACCGUUGCCAAGCGCUGGGAUGUGGAGGUUAUGGCGGGCAAAGCCAAUCUUGAAGUGCGGCCGACGUUCGUCAACAAGGGAUUCAUCGCGACCCGGUUGGUCAACGAAUACGGCACGGAGCCUGGCAAGGCACCAGAGUUUGUCCUGUGUCUGGGCGAUGACUUUACCGACGAAGAUAUGUUCCGUGCUCUCAAGAAAUCCAACCUACCCCCGGACCAUGUGUACUCGGUCACCGUCGGUGCCAGCUCGAAGCAGACCGAAGCUAGUUGGCACUUGCUCGAACCGGCAGACGUCAUCAGUGCUCUGCACAUGCUCAACAGCAAUUCCCACCAGGAUCAUUAAUUGAAGGCUGACCGCCCGAUCUUUCUUGCGUCCUCGAAGCGGCCCAAGCCCACCCGAUGCUGGUCUAGUUUCGCUCCGUUCUGCUUUUCCAUUUAGCUUGCGUUUCUGCUUCCUGAUUAGUGGCCCUACACUACAUCGCAUCAUGCACGUACACGAAUUCAUACAAGCCGGAACAAAAGACGGUCUUCAUCCAAUUCCCUCGUCCAGCCCCAAUUGCCCCUUUUUUUUUUAAUCGUUACCGUUUUUUGAAAUGCAGAGGAAGCUUGGCGCAGUCGGAUCUUUGUCUCGCUUCUUUUUUUCUCUUUUUCUUUCUUCCCCCGAGGUGGCAUCCUUUCUGUUCUGAUUCGGGCAUAGAUGCAUUCCAGCCUUUUGAAUUGUAAAGAGAGCGUUAGACCAAAUGGAAUUACAGUAAAUCUGUCGGAGGCGUAUUCCCGAUGGCUUUGACUUUUAGAUUGGAUC